UUCGCAUUGGCUUCAUUAGUUGACAGCCAAACGUCUGUCUGAUCAAGACAAAAACAAGUUUGAAUUCGUCGGCGGCAAGUUAUUAGAUUAAUUUGUAUGUGAAGGUCUAUGGAGACAUGGAGACAGCUCCCAACCUUCUGAAGAGCGUGGUUUUGGCAGAGUCACAGUACCGCAGCCAGAAGAUUGAGCGAAACCUUGUAUACCUGCAGAGACAGAUUGAUGUUCUAAUAAGCAAAACCAACAGAGGCUGCUCCCUGAAGUUUUUCAAUCCAUCCGAGGUCUUGCCAGCCGAAUGCAUCACAUCAUUGGUGGAACUGGUGUCGGACCCAACCGCUAAGUCUACCCUCAUUCUUAAAUGUUUGCUGCUCUUCAAUAAUCUAGUUUGUGACAGCCAUAUUCGUGAGAGCCUACAUGAAAAGUUCUCCCUGACUCCGGCCCUAGUGAACGUGAUACGACACAAUGGAUCAUCAAAUAGUGAUACCCUCACUGUUGAGGCCCUACAGUUGCUACAAAAGGUCACCUAUGGACAGAGAAUCAGCUUUCAAGAACUCUAUAUGGAGGAUCUGGUGCGAUUCCUCCUCACUCACGUGUGUUACCCUACGACAGGCUUUACCCAGUCAGCAAUGGGAGUACUAGUCAACCUAACAAGGGACAACUUCUCUGUCCUUGCUUUCAUCAAAAAUAAUGAGAACAUUCUAGAUCUGGCUCGGACCCUCACCAAGUUGCUAGGAGACCAGCCACAGACCAUGGUGCUCUUCUCUCUGACUCUGCUGCUUAAUAUCUGUCAGCAGGAGAAGUUUGGGACCAAGUUUUAUUCCGACACCAAUGUGCCAAAGACGUUUCAGAUGAUAUUCAACAUGCUGAUAGACUCAGACUCCACAGAGACAAGGCGAUAUGCAGUGGAUCUCAUGAAGGACAUCAUUAAAGUUCCCAGGCUGAAUAAAUGCCUUGCCAGUUUUGAGUACCUGGGCUCCUGUAUAGAACAGACGCUGCAUCUUCUGACCUCCUGCUCUCCAGACUCUGUUACCAAGAUAUUCGAUAUGCUGACCUCCCUGUCUCAAGUGGACGGUAUCCGUAAGAUCGUGUGCAAGGCGAUGUUCGCCACAUUCCAGAUUCAGGACCAGUCCCAGUUCCCCAACCUCGCCCAGACCCCCCUCAGCCACAUAGCAGACCCCCUGCUUGCUGCAGUCCACUGGGCAGGGCAGGUCCCUGACACCCACGGCACUGCCCCCCUGGUUGCGUAUGAUCUACUCAACGAGAUCUAUGAACAGCUGGUGUUCUCGCACGAUCGCAUCCAUCAUGAUAAACACGUGGCUGCUGUGCUGCCAACUGUGUUACAGACUUUGAAAGUGCCACUGGACGGGGAUAACCCCACCAUACAGAGGCGCUGUGCUGUUAUGGUGAAAAGUGUGAAGUUACUCAACACCCUGUGUCAUGACGACAGUUUUCUGACCCUCGUGUCCAAGCACAUGGAGACUGGUGUGUUCCGCAAGCUGCUUCAGUUCCAGUUUGAUCAUAACACGGUAUCACUGCACACCAGCACUACCCCACCCACUGACGACUGGAGUGUAACAGGAGUGGACCUUGUACUACAGCUACUGGACCUCGUGGGCAGCCUCAACAACCAGGAAGCAGAGGACUUCUUCAUGGCUGUCAUGCAGGAGACGCAGGUCGUGCCGUUCCUGGCAGCAGGGCUUUGCAGCUCACACCGACAGCGCGUCCGAGAGACCAUGGAUAUCAUUGCCCUGGCUGCAAAAUUGGAGGGAUUCCCUUUCAUCAUUUUAUCAGAUGUCAUAGCUAAUCACAAUCUGAGCCGGGACACACAACUGCAACAGAUAUCAGGUACCGUGCAGCAUCAGGCAUUCCACCCAAACAGACGACACGCCCUUGACGACAAGGAAAACCACGCCCCCUUUCCCGGCCCUCACUCGGGACGCACAGUGCGCCCCCUGGCGGACAGCAACACGACACAGAACAGCGACAUGGAGACUACCUCUAGUGAAACCAUACAGACACUCAUUGAUAAACUUAAUCAGGGACUUGCGGUGAAGGACUCGAGCUCCACAGAGAUAUUGGGUGUGUAUGAGCGCUCCCUGCAGGCCAUGCAGACCAAGGAGCAGCACUUACAGGACCUCCUGGAGGCCAAGUCCCUGGCCCUCAACCAGGCUGACAGGAUGCUGGCGCAGUACCGCGCGCGCAAGGGGCAGGAUGACGCAGAGUCAAACAGGCUUCGUUCCCUGUUGAUUCAAGCAGAAAAGAAAUGUGACGAGUUACAGAGAGACACAACAGACAUGGUCUCAAGGAUUGAUAAGAACUGCAAGGAAAUUGAUGAGCUGCACACUGAAAAUCAAAAACUGCGUCAAGUUGCCCAGAUGCACCAACAGUUGACAGCAGCCCACACAGAACUGACAGCAAGUUUUGAGAGUCUACAGAAGUCACACCAGACGACACGACAGGAGCACCAGACCCUGUCAGAGAUGCACGAGAUGCUGCAGAAACACAACACAAACCUCAAACAGCAGUAUGACACAGCCAUGGAGCAACUGACGGCCCUUCAGGAGGAGAGGAGAAAGGUCUCCACGCAGCUCAAAGCUGCAGAGGCUAAACUGGAGGACUCUAAGAAGGCGGCCCUGAAGUGGGAGUACGAGUACAAGCGUUCAGAGGAGGAGAGGGAGACGAUGGACAUGAGCAUAGAGAAACUCAGGGGCAACCUGUCCUCGUCUGAGGCCAAGAAAAAACAGCUGCUAGAGCAGGUAUCACAGCUGGAGUUUGCCUGCAGUCAGAACGAGGCCAAGAUCUCCAACUACGAGGUGGAGAUAAAGGAGCUUAGGUCCGAGGUGGCCAAACAUCGCCAGAUAGCGGCUCUCAUCAACAGUCUCAGUAGUGGGGCUCCUGUUGACUCGAGCAUCCCAAACACGUCAAAGAGCUCGAACUCUUCGAAAAUGGAUUCUUGAUUUGUGAUACUUUUCUGAAAUGAGGCUGACAUUAUGGGGUUUCUUGAGUUGAUGUAAGUGUGUGCAGGAUGGGUACGCAGUUUGUGCAGACAAUAGAUUCAAAUUAGGGGUAAGUUACUGAUACAUACAGAUAACUUCCUAUACAUUAACUUCCAGUACAUUUAAAAAAUAGGUAUUUUUGAAAUCUGAUGGACUUGAAGUUUUGAUGGCUCAAAGUAUGGGAGUGUUUUUUUGCUUUUCCCUGUGACCUUGUGUCAUCAGCACUCGACUGUAUUUGUGUAAACUGAUCACAACUUCAACAACAAUACAAUUUGUAAUUGCAGACUGAGGAUAAUUUGAAAGAAAAAUAAGCAGAUUAAAAAAUCAUUAAUUUUUAUAAUUUAUUCUGUCACGUUGCUGUCUAACUUGAUUUAAACUGAUAUUUUGCGAGCAUGCUUGCUAAGUCAGUUGCAUUUAUUUAUUAGAAAAUUUUGUGAAAGUAACAAAAUAUAGAUUAGUUGACCUAACAUGCGUGAAUAAAUUUGUGAUUGUGAACAUGUGUAUAAUGUGUUUUUUAAACUAAUGUUAUGGAAAGUAAAGUCUUAAACAUUGA